AUGUCCGCCGUCGAAGAACUCAAGCUGCUCAAGGCCCAGGUCCAGGAUGUCGCUCGUGUAUGCAAGGCCGUCGCCGAGGGUGACUUGUCUCAAAAGAUUACCGUCCCCGUUCAAGGUCCCGUCAUGGUCCAGCUCAAGGAUGUCAUCAACACCAUGGUCGAUAAACUAGGCAGGUUUGCGCAGGAGGUCACUCGUGUCUCGCUCGAAGUCGGAACUGAAGGCCGGCUCGGUGGUCAGGCCAUUGUUCGCGAUGUCCGCGGAACAUGGAGCGAACUCACAACCGUCGUCAAUCGUCUCGCCGCUAAUCUCACAAGCCAGGUCCGGGGAAUCGCAGAAGUCACCAAGGCAGUCGCCAAGGGCGAUCUCUCCAAACAAAUCGGCGUCGAUGCAAAAGGUGAAAUAUUGGAAUUGAAGAAUACGGUUAAUACCAUGGAUGCUGAUGGCGUCAUUCCAAUCUCUCCAACGCCACUGGAUCCGGUCGUCCGGUUGCGUAUGUUUGCAGGCGAAGUCACCCGAGUCGCGCUCGAUGUCGGCAGUCGUGGUAUUCUAGGCGGUCAGGCUUAUGUCCCGGAUGUCGAGGGUGUUUGGCAAGAGUUGACGGAUAAUGUAAAUCGCAUGUGCUCCAAUUUGACCAACCAAGUCCGUUCGAUUGCGCUCGUUACUACCGCCGUCGCCGAGGGUGACCUCACACGUAAAAUCGAAAUUGAAGUCGAGGGCGAAAUGUUGACGCUCAAGAAUACGGUAAACAGCAUGGUGGACCAGCUUUCGACGUUUGCGAGCGAAGUCACGCGGGUCGCGCUCGAGGUCGGAUCGAUGGGUAUACUCGGUGGUCAGGCGCAGGUCGAGGGUGUCAAGGGAACUUGGGCCGACUUGACGAGGAAUGUGAAUAAUAUGGCGUCCAAUCUAACCAAUCAAGUCCGUUCGAUCGCCAAGGUCACGACGGCCGUCGCGCACGGUGACCUGCGGCAGUUUGUCGAAGUCGAUGUCCAGGGAGAGAUGCUCAUGUUGAAGAACACGGUGAAUAGCAUGGUGGCUCAGCUCGAUACGCUCGCGAGCGAGGUGUCGCGUGUCGCGCUCGAGGGUGUGUGGAAGGUUUUAACGGACAAUGUCAACUUGAUGGCUCUGAAUCUGACGACCCAAGUGCGGUCUAUUGCGGCUGUGACGACUGCCGUGGCGCGUGGUGACCUUAGCAAGAAUAUCGAUGUGGAUGUCAAGGGCGAGAUUUUGGAUUUGAAGAUUACGGUCAAUCGCAUGACGGAUAGUUUGCGGAUAUUCGCUGCUGAAUCGGUACGCUCGGACGACUCGGCGGACAGGCGUUUGUUCCUGGUGUGGCUGGUGUGGAAGGAUUUGACGGAUAAUGUGAAUGUUAUGGCUGCCAAUUUGACGUUGCAAGUACGAGCUAUUGCCCGAGUCACAACGGCCGUGUCGGUCGGAGACUUGACGACCAAGGUCGAAGGCAUCGAUGUCGCGGGUGAAAUCUUGGAUCUCGUCAACACGAUCAACGGAAUGGUGGACCAGCUCGCCGUGUUUGCGGCCGAGGUCACGAGGGUCGCACGCGAAGUCGGAACCGAGGGUCGGUUGGGCGUUCAAGCUCGCGUCGAAGGCAUGCAAGGCAGCUGGCAGGCGAUUACCGUAUCUGUAAACACGAUGGCUGCCAACUUGACGUCCCAAGUGCAUGGUGUACAACCUCCGGGGAGUAUUCAGAGGAACACGGCUGCGCGUGAGGCUGCUGAGCUUGCGAAUCGGUCCAAGUCCGAGUUCCUUGCCAACAUGUCGCACGAGAUUCGUGGACCUUUGGCUAACUUGUAUGCAGUCGAGGCUGGCAGGAUGACCAUGGAACAAGUCACGUACUCUCUCCGCGGUACUGCAUUCGUCGAUCCCGAGAUUCCGGACCAAGUCAUUGGUGAUUCGCUCCGUCUGCGACAAGUCAUUACCAACCUCGUCGGAAACGCUAUCAAGUUUACUCCCAGCAAGCCCAACAAAAAGGGCAUGGUCUGCCUCUCGUGCAAGCUCAUCUCGAUGGACGAGCAGAAUGUGACGGUUCGGUUCUGUGUCGAGGACACGGGUAUCGGUAUCAAGCAGGAUAAACUCGCGAUCAUCUUUGAUACGUUCUGCCAAGCCGAUGGGUCCACGACUCGUGAAUACGGUGGUACCGGUCUCGGCUUGUCCAUCUCGAAACGACUGUGUCUCUGA